GAGAGAGAAAAAACCAAAUCGCGGAAGAGAUUGUCUCCAGCAGUUCGAGUUUGACAAGUUUUUUCCCGUUGUUAAAGAAGAGACUGGAAGAGGGAAAAAAAGAGGCGUAAAAGAAAAGACAGAUCAUUUAGACUCUUGAGUACCGGUGUGUUUCAUGAUCAAACAUGGAAGCAGCUAUCAAGACAGUGGUAACAGUCUUCUUGAAGUCAGCGAAAGGCAAGGAGAACCUCGGAGCAAAGGAAUUCCAAAGCCUAGUGAAGAACCAGCUGAAGAACAUAUUGACGGAUACAGAGAACUCUGAGGCCAUCAAAGAUAUGCGCCAAGGCCUUGAUGCCAACCAAGAUGGAAAAGUCAGCUUCCAGGAGUACAUGACGCUGGUCGGAUACAUGGCCCAGUCAGUCAGUCAGCAGCGUUGUGUCAAGGAAACCCAAGUGGCGAGUUCAGGUCCGGAAACGCAGGCAGAGGCCAGUGGAGCUUCGAAGGCUGAGCCUGAGCCUGAGAAAGUGGUAAAGCCUGUGAAAGAAGAAGAGCCAGCCAAAGAGCAAGAUGAGGCUGUGGAUGUUGAAUUGAUCGGGGAAGAUGAAAAUGAGGAAGAGGUGAUUGCAGUAGAGGAAUGCACGUAGGCUCUUGAGGCGGUUGAAGAAAACAUCUCGAGACCUUAUAUAAUCCUUGUUUUUAUUGCAAUGAUUUUUGUUCUUAUUUCUUAGCUAAAUUUGACCAACACUACAAUUUUGUACCACUAGAUAAAUGUGUAAACCACUCGAUACUAUUCAGAAGUCCUUUUUUUUCUAUUGUAUAAAACAUUGUUUUUUAAACCAGUUCUCAGACGGUCUCCAGCCCCUCCAGAUAAUUUACAUUUCCCUCUUCACCGGCUCACAAAAGACAGCGUUAGAGCAAAAAAUGUGGAUUGUCUGGGGGGUGCGUGAGGACAGUUUUGAGAAGUACUCGUCUAAAUAGACACAACUAACACAAUGUACAUGUAUUGUAUUUUAUCCAUUUUAAGAUUUGGAUUUGUAUUUGUAUUUACAUUAACACUACGUUACAACACGGAUGUUUCAAUGUGUUACACAGUACCUCUAACAAUAUGUUUACAAAUGAUGCUUUCAUUGGCAUGUUCAAUUAAAACGACCCUGGUUUCCUCCUGAGGUAACGGUACGCCCAUACUGUAUGUGACCUUGUUCACUUUGUGUUGCUUAGCAUGUAUGCUAACCCAGUUUCACAACAAUUGCUGACUAAUAUUCAGCCCUAUUUGUCACACCACUGCCAAAUCUGAAUGAAAACCCAUUUGCAUGACAAUAAACCAACAGUUUUCUUCGAGCA